CACAAAGCCGGCCUUUGUUAUCACCUGAGCAUGCGGAAGGGCAAUUGCCCUGAGUAUGCCAUCUCGUGCCUCUAUCACAUGCUCCUGCGUUUUCUCCACUCGACUUUCCUGGGCCCAUUCCCAGAUAGAGGAUGGAAGAAACCAGAGCAAAAUGUGAAUGCUGGGGGCUCAGCUGCCAAACAUGGAGAGACCUUGUUUCCAUGGUCAUCCAGGCUGAAUUAGAUCAGGCACUCCUGAGAUCAACAGUAUGGAUAUCUUGCAUCCAAGAGGACCCUGUGGGCACUGAAAUCCAGCUCACUCAUGCUUAUUUCCUGUAAUGGACAAACUUGAUGCUAAUGUGAGUUCCAAGGAGGGCUUUGGUUCAUUGGAGAAGGUCUUGCUGCUCACGUUUCUCUCGGCAGUCAUCCUGAUGGCCAUUCUGGGCAACCUGCUAGUGAUGGUGGCUGUGUGCAGGGACAGGCAUCUCCGGAAAAUAAAAACCAAUUAUUUCAUCGUAUCUCUUGCCUUUGCGGAUCUGCUGGUUUCGGUGCUGGUGAUGCCCUUCGGUGCCAUUGAACUGGUUCAAGACAUCUGGAUUUAUGGAGAGAUGUUUUGUCUUGUGCGGACAUCCCUAGAUGUCCUACUCACAACGGCAUCAAUCUUUCACCUGUGCUGCAUUUCCCUGGAUAGGUAUUAUGCCAUCUGCUGCCAGCCUUUGGUUUACAGGAACAAGAUGACCCCUCUGCGCAUCGCAUUAAUGCUGGGAGGCUGCUGGGUCAUCCCCAUGUUUAUCUCUUUCCUCCCUAUAAUGCAAGGCUGGAAUAACAUUGGCAUAGUUGAUUUGAUAGAAAAAAGGAAAUUCAACCAGAACUCAAACUCGACCUACUGCAUCUUCAUGGUCAACAAGCCCUACGCCAUCACCUGCUCCGUGGUGGCCUUCUACAUCCCGUUUCUCCUCAUGGUGCUGGCCUAUUAUCGCAUCUACAUCACCGCCAAGGAGCAUGCCCACCAGAUCCAGAUGUUGCAGCGGGCAGGAGCCCCCUCAGAGGGCAGGCCCCAGCCAGCUGACCAGCACAGCACCCAUCGCAUGAGGACAGAGACCAAAGCGGCCAAGACCCUGUGCAUCAUAAUGGGUUGCUUCUGCCUCUGCUGGGCUCCAUUCUUUGUCACCAAUAUUGUGGAUCCUUUCAUAGACUACACUGUGCCCGGGCAGGUGUGGACUGCUUUCCUCUGGCUCGGCUAUAUCAAUUCUGGGCUGAACCCCUUCCUCUACGCCUUCUUGAACAAGUCUUUCAGACGUGCCUUCCUCAUCAUCCUCUGUUGUGAUGAUGAACGUUACAGAAGACCUUCCAUUCUAGGCCAGACUGUCCCCUGUUCAACCACAACCAUUAACGGAUCCACGCAUGUACUGAGGUGUAGUAACCUUCUUUUUAAAUGGAAUCUUAUUGGGAUGCAGUGGAGUGUGGUGGCCAGUGGGAGAGUCAGUGCCACCCCCCAGCAACUUCUCCUCUGGUGGCUGCUCAGCCCAGUGACACUUAGACCCGGGGGACAGUGACCAAGAAGACAGCUGUGGCUCCAAGAGAGGGCCAGGUCCUAAGCUGCUGCGUGUGCCUGACUGCACCUGGCAUUCACGUCACCAGAGGCCUUCCUCCUCGGCUGGUGCAGGCGCCCCUCGCACGCCAGGCUUUUCCUCCGAGAUUCCAGCAGUUGGUGAUUUGAGGGAGUCAGGGGACAGAAAGGCCUUGGUGCACUUUUCAUUCUCCAACAUUCCAUCUUCCUGGAGUCUCCACUCUUGCUUGACAGUCUCUAGUAUUCCUGACAUGUUCCUCUCGCUGUGACUGUGUCUCAGUCUUGUUCCAAGCACUCUUGCUCACUGUGUCCUAUCUCAAUCAUAGAUGUUUCCAAAUAUGCCUUCUUUGCUGUAUCUGCUCACAGAAAACACAUCUUCCCUGUGCCUGUCUUGGACAUAGUUGUGUUCCAAGUGCUCACAUUUCUGGCUUGGUCACAUCCGUCAGAGUCAUGUCCAAACUACCUACUGUUCCUUCUUCGUCCUGUUCUGUCCCAGAUGUUCACACUCUUUCCUCCCUGUGUCUGGGUCCAAACAAGCAUCCUCUUGGCCAGCCCCUGUCUUGGUCACAGACUUCUACUUGCUCUUUCCUUUGUCCACUGUCAGUCUGUCUCUUCAGGACAUGCUCCAUUUAUUUACCACAGAAGACACAGGAGUAGAGACUGUCCGUGGAACAUGGUCUCUGCAGCAAGCCUGGAGUGAGCUGAAGACAGACGGUUUAUCCUAGUGCGGGGGCCAUGGGCCCAUUUGCUCUGAGAUGCUCAUCCUUUUGUUGGGUUAGAACCGGACAUCUCUUAGCGAGGCUAGGGCAGGGUGUCAACAUUGUACAUGUUUACUAAGAGACUUUGAGAUCUUUCUGUGAGCUUGUGGUGAAGGCCACAGUACCAACUGAAAACCCUUGAACUGGGCUUAUUCCUCCCACAGGAGGAAACUUUGGGAAGUUCUCACUAUGUGACCUGGUCACCCUCAUAGUUCCUCAGGUGGGGGAGCACAGAGCUCAGCAAUGCUGGGAACACACACACACAAAAAAAACAAUGUUUGACUUGAAGCCAGCGGAUCUGAUGCCAGCUCUGGCUCUGCUCCUGAUAGGCUGUGAGAUCUUAAACAAUGUCCUUCCAUCUCUGAACCUCACUUUCCACAGCUGCAUCCCGAAGCUUGGACUAGGGUAGUAAGAUUUCUUUCCAUUUCUAGGAUAACAGGAAACUGUUACAGCCAUCUGCUACCUCGAAAAGCCAUGGCCUGCCUGCCUGUUGGCUUUGUUCCAAAGGAACUACUAUCCAUUUGGGCCUCCUCAACCCCUGACCUUGUCCAAUCAACCUGGUUGUCGUUCACGCAUUGAUGAGUCCGUGGCUCUUGCCACUGGCCUAGAGCAAAGGUCCCAAGGAGGGAGGGCCACUUCCAAGAGCUGCUGUAGAGCUUGAACAUUCAUUAUGCCCAUGGUCUGAUAGCAUCUCAGGAUUAUUUAUCAUACUCUUUCAUACUGUCUUCUCUCUUGCUGCUCAUGAAGCAUCAUUUAUCAUUUCCGUUGAUGUUUACUCAAGUUCUAGAAUGGAACUUGACAGGAAAGAGACUUGGAAUGAAGAAGAGAAGAUUCUGUGUCUUGUGAAGGCUGAGUUUUGUUGGGGAGAAAGCCACGCCUUAGAAAGGGAAGCCGCCUUGGAGCAUGCACCCUCAUUGACAGACCCCGACUGCUGCUGGGAAACUGUGCUCCCUGCCGAGCCACUCCUUGUGGAGCCUGGGACUCUGGGUCAUCAGCGUAGCAGGGGAUCUAUUCUUCUCAAAUGUGAAGACAGAUUACUUAAGUUCUAACUUGCACCCUGACACUGUUGUGGGACCAGUCCCCUUUGAUUUUCCAAGUCCCUGCUCUGGGGUCAUCACCAGGCUCAGCAAUCCCCCAUCACUCAGAAGCAACCACCAUUUUGAGGAUAGUUUUUCUGUAAUACAAAGAAGGGAGCAUCAAGUUUUUGAGAUCGCAGCUCUGGACCCAAUGAAGAGACUCAAACAAUCUGCCAUGGCUGCCCAUGCACCCUACGUACCUGCUGUCUCCGUGAGCACGCUGCUGAGGAGGGCUGUAGCAUAGAAGUGGCAGGUGCACUGAAUCAACGAAUAACUGAGUGAAUCAAACUAAUUGCUGAACACCUCUGGCUUCAGGGGGAAUGUCUUCUGCCUAUUUCAUAAAGUUGAUGUGGAGAUUCAAAAAAAAAAAUCUUUGUGAAUGCAUUCUAUGAAUCAUAAAAUGGCAUCCCACUGUGUUCUGGAUGUUUUGAGUUACCGUGAUUGUGCCUGAGCGCUCAAGGGCUGAGUUUAUUUAGUUUAGAGAAUGAACUUUUUAUGUCAAAAAUGAUAUGGGGGGUAGGAGGAUGCUUUUUAAGUACCAAUUCUUCCAAGUCUGCCCCUCCUCAUUUGGUCACUCCAGGUUUCCCAAGAAACAAAUUCUUAAACCACAAACACAUUCAUUUAAAGGGAUUUUGUGGUUCUCCAAAGUAAAGGGGUAGAUGGAGAAAAUGGAAGAUUAUAGGCUAAUUUGGGUAAGAAUGAGCCUGAUUUUUCAUGUCAUUUCAAAGUCAUAUCAACUUAAAUCACAUGCCUGCUUGUCAUGAAAAAAUAUAUGUAUUUGAAGGAAAAACUACCUGGGCCAUUGAAAUCAUUUCACUUUGUAAAUUGAAUAUAUAUAUACAUAUAUAUAUAUGAAUUUUAUUAAAAAAGAAAAAGCAAACAUGGACUACACUAUAAAUGGCCAGCUGAAAAGAAGGUUGCAUAAAUGUCUACUAAGACACUGAAUCAGAUAACUUUUGACAUUGUUCCUGUCUGUGUAAAUGAGUGUUAAUUAUGGUUUAAUGCUAUUUUAGCAAACACCUUAAUUUUGUUUACAUUUUUAAUAAAGCAGAGUAACAAAUGGGACAACUUUGUACAGUUUAUAAUGCACUGAGUCCCCUUGUAUAAUCACUAUACAAAAUACAUGUGGGCCAUGAUACAGAUCAUGGAACUUCAUUUUACAAUUUCAAAGGAUUACAAACUUUGAUAAUGGUUGUAUCUUUGGUUUUAUGAGAUUGCUACUUCUGUCUGUGAUUAUUUGUAGCAAAGGCUUUGAAGAUACCGGGAUCAAUUCUAACUUCAUUCCCAUGGAAAGCUCCCUUGGCUUUAUGAUUGCCUAUUUUUUGAUGCAGUUCCCAUGAAUGUGUUCUUGGAAAAACAGGAACCUACACAGUUUUUUUUAAUAGAUAAAUUCUAUUUAUUGAUUAAGUUGAUAAAUGACAUGUAUUUAUUUGAAUGCAUUCUGUACAUGUUUCUAUAACUUAUAUAUUAAAGGAAAGUAUAAGUCCUAAAGCUAAUAACUGAAUUUUGAAAAUGCAAUAAAAUUCCAAAGUCGAUUCCCA